AUGACUACUGCCAAACAGAUUUCAAAGCCUUCAGACAGAGUAAAGGGCCUACAAGUGCCUGAGUUCACGGACCCAUACGAGAAACGCACAUGGAUGCUCCAGCACAUGGCUGGUGUCCUCCGUGUCUUUGGUCGUAAAGGCUACAAUGAAGGAUGCGCCGGCCACCUGACCAUCGUCGACCCUGUGGACCCUACCACGUACUGGAUCAACCCUAUCGGAGUACACUUUUCGAUGAUCUCCGUAAGCGAUCUGGUGCACGUAGACGCAAACGGGGAGGCCAUUGGAGGCAGCAUGGCAGGGUUCAAUGUGCCGGGCUUCAAGAUCCACUCCACGAUACACAAGGCUAGACCAGACGUUAAGGCCAUCUGCCAUGCCCAUUCUUUCUACGCGAGAACCUACUCCGUAUUCGGAAAAGUACCCGAAAUGCUGCAUCAAGACAGCUGUUCCAUCCACGAUAACAUUGCAGUGUUGGACGAUUAUGACGGAGUCGGGCUCGACGAGCGCGAAGGUGAAAAGAUUCUUUCGGUGUUAGGGGACAAGAUGAGUAUCGUUCUUCAGAAUCACGGCGUGAUGACUUUCGGAAAAACAAUCGACGAAGCAGGCUACCUACAUGUCUUGUUGGAAGACCUAUGCAAGGCUCAGCUACUGACUGACGCUGCUGCUGUAAGGACAGGAGCCAAGAUUAAAGUCAUUCCCGACCACAUCGCUCGAGAGGUUUUCAAAGUUAAUUCCGGCUCCAAAAGUUUAUACUCUGCGAUGCAGCCCGACUUUGAGUUGGAGGUCUAUCUCUCAAACGAGGCAGUUUUACGAUAA